GUUUACUGCGCUUUCUUAUGACGAAGUCAUUUGCAGCAUCUCUCUCUCCCUCUCUCUCUCUCUCUCUUCUUUUCGUCUUCUUCCUUUUUCGCUUUCCCUUCUGACCUAUUGAGAGAGAUCUAGGGUUAGGGUUUUUGUCUCAUUUUUUGUCAACGCUAGCAAUAUGGUGGCACAAAUCUGCUUGGCGAUGGGGAAGAUUCGGAGGGACGAGGAAGGAACUUCUUUGAGGAAACUGAGCCAUUCGAGCUCAUUGGACUUGGACAAUAUUCAGAUAAAUAUUAACUGGGAAGAUGUGACUUGUCCCAUUUGUCUGGACUUCCCACACAAUGGAGUCCUUCUUCAGUGCAGCUCCUAUGACAAUGGCUGCCGUCCUUUUAUGUGUGAUACUGACCAUACGCACUCCAACUGUCUUAACCGGUUCAAAAGUGCAUCAGGAGUACCUCAGGCUGCUGAAUGCUUGAUUGCAAGUGAGGCAUCGACCGAGUCUACUCAAAUGAUUCCAUCAACUUGUGAGAGCCGUCCAGCCUGCCCUUUAUGUAGAGGAGAGGUGACUGGUUGGGUCAUUAUCAAGGAGGCCCGUGCUUAUUUGAACAUGAAGAAACGGUGUUGCCAAGAGAAACAAUGUUAUUAUAUGGGCAAUUUUGUGGAGCUUCAACGCCAUGCUCUUUUGAAACACCCUCAUUCUCGUCCUUCCGAGAUAGAUCCGGCUCGCCAAUUAGAUUGGGAGAAUUUUCAACAAUCUUCAGAUAUUAUAGAUGUCCUAAGUACCAUACACGCAGAAGUUCCACAUGGAGUUGUGUUGGGGGAUUAUGUUAUAGAAUAUGGUGAUGAUGAGGAUGGAGAUGAUUAUGAUGACUUUGGUGGUCGUGGGGCUAAAUGGUGGUCUUCUUGCAUUCUUUACCAGGUAUUCGGUAAGUUAAGGUGUUCAGGAAAUAGACGGAGAUCUAGAGGGCGUAAUUUAACACGAAGUCGUGUCGGGUCAAGCUCUAAUGGCUCAAAUGAGGGUUCUCCAUCAUCUCUGGACGCUGCUGUAUAUAGAUUCCGACAAGUGGAAGAUGAAGUUCCAGGAAUGGCUGCUGCUGGUGAUCAUGCGGUUGCAUCCAGAGAAGUUAUUGAUCGCCAUAGUUACAGCUACAGUGGGCGCAUAUCCCGCUGAAAUGAUAUUCCCAUGCUGUGCUACUGGAUCGCGCAUGCUCUUCUUCUGAUGGGGUCAUCUCUUUUCUUAUAGCUCUUCUUUUUAUUUUCUUCUCAGUUAUAGUUUCCCAUAUGCCAUUACUAGGCAGUCGUAUGUACAUAGAGCAUCGUAUGGUUAUUCCAUGCUCAAAAUUGUCUUUUUGAUUCUUUUAAUUGAUAUCAAUCUUUGUAUUUUCAUGAAUGUUUCUUCUAGAUUGGUUUCUA